CACAUUGUUGCGAAUGGAUAUUGACGUCUCCAUCUGAUUCGCGUAUAUACUCUGUUCCUUAUAUACACCCUCUUUAUGUCCCUAAAAAUCAAUACGAGAUUCUCCCUUAUGUAGCGGGAAUCAGAAUUUUUAGCCAUUAUUACAGUGUUUACGUGAGUUAAAAAGUUUGGUUGGGAAAGGCUUUACAGGUUAAAGGAGAUUUGUUUACGCUUAUAUUUUAAAUAAACAGGUGAACUCAAUAAGGUUUCAGUCUUCCAAGCCAAAUAUUAUAUACAGAUUUAUCAGUAAAUUAGAUAUCGGCCAUUUGAAAUGCAAUUUUAUGUACAGUGACAUCAGAUAUGAAUAGCAAUCCAAGAAUCCUGAAAGGACCCCCAAGCACAAGUCCGAAAAUAUUAAAAACCAUUGGCGAACUAUUUUUUGAGCUAUGCGAAAAGCAACCAGAUAAGGUUUUUCAGAUUGAAGCUGACACAGACCAAAAGGAAACUUAUCAGCAAACAAAACAAAAGGCAAUACGUUUAGCAUGCGCACUAAGAACUAAAAACCUAGUGAGUCCUGGAGAUACUACCAUGGUAUGCUCAGAAAAUACGAUCCAUAACAUCAUUCCCAUUUUGGCUACUACAUUUUUGGGCGCAAGCGCUGCAUCAAUAGAUCCUAUGGAAAGCGUAGAAGAGAUGGCUGGAGCUAUUGCCUAUACCUUACCAAAAGUGAUUUUUAGUGAAACGAAAUCUUUGGAAAUGGUGAAACGCGCUCACAAAGAAUUGGAAAAACAGCACAGUAAGAGCUACGAUAUACAUUUUUUUACCAUCGGAGGAACUCACGAUGAUUAUACACAAUGCAUAGAUGAUUUUCCCAUACCUAGUGCCAAAGAGGAGACCGAAUUUAAAUUAUAUCCUCAGGACCCAUUUGAUACUGCCAUCUAUGUGUUUACUAGUGGCACAACUAGUCUUCCAAAACCUGUCGCUCUCAGUCAUUAUGGAGUGCUACAUGGAUUCAAAUGUCUUGUAGAUGAGAUGGACAAUUUAAAGCCAGAAGUAAUGACACAUUUUGCAUCCUUAUACUGGAUUUCCGCAAUAUUACUUACCGGAGUAACUCUUUCCCAUGGAGGCACAAAAGUAAUAGCUCCAAAGAUCCCUGCCCUAAAUCUUUUGGAAAUAAUUGAAAAAUAUAAGAUAACCUUUGCAUUCAUGUCCAACACAUACACAUAUGAAAUAACUAAUCUCCCUGCCGAACUGCUGCUUAAACACAAUACCUCCUCACUCUAUUCUAUUAUUAUAGGAGGUUCUCCAAUGGAUCCUCAGCAGUUAAAGAAGGUUAGGAAACUCUUACCAUAUACAAAAGUUACUGUAGGUUAUGGCAGUAGCGAAUGUGCGGCUGUAUCUGCGUUCGAUUUAAGGAAUGUAAAGGAAUAUGAGGAAAAACUACUUGCGUCUGGGAAAGUGGUUGCAGACGUGGAAGUUAAGAUUGUUAAUGUGGAAACGAAAGAACUUUUACCUCCUCACAAAACAGGCGAAAUUUUGGUCCGUAGUCCAUACAUGAUGAAAGGCUAUCAUCCAAACUGCACUGAACUUAUCGCAGAUCCUUUUGAUGACGAAGGCUAUCUUAAGACUGGUGACCUCGGGUAUUAUGAUGAGGAUGAAUACCUUUUUGUAACUGACAGAGUAAAUGACACAUUUAAGUACAAGACUUACCAAGUAAGCCCUUUAUCGAUAGAAAGAGUUUUGUUGACUCACCCUGCAGUAAAUAGUGCUGUGGCAUUUAAUAUCUUCCACGAACAGGACCGAAAUCAUGCUGCUGCUGUGAUUACUUUAAAAAAGAAUGCAAAGGAGGUGUCAGUGGAUGAAAUUAAAACUUUUGCUAACGAAAGGCUAUCGGAAAAGAAUAAAAUACGAGCUGGAUUAUGGGUGGUGGACGAGAUUCCAUUUAAAACGAGAACUGGAAAAUUUCAGAGAGCUAAAAUCAGGGCAGCUUUCUCUCAGCAAAUAUAAGCAGAAAAUAUAAGCUACCACGACGUUUGUACCAGCAACACUACAUUUAGUGUAUUUUUGUAAACAAAUAUUUCAAUUAAACUGCUUUUUACUUUGUUAA